AUGGCUUCUACCUCUAUCAAAACAGUCGGUGUGAUCGGCACUGGCAUUAUUGGUGCGAGCUGGACAGCACUAUUCCUCGCAAAAGGCCUGCGAGUGAUCGUGACUGAUCCAGCACCAGGAGCUGAAUCCAAACUCCAUGAAUACCUGAAGAAGAACUAUUUGGCGAUACCGAACAAAAUAGCCACACCAGAAAAGUACUUGAAAAAUUUGACAUUUGUCAAAGAUAUCGACCCUUACCUGGGAGAGCUUGAUUUGAUACAAGAAAACGGACCAGAGAGGUUGGACUUCAAGCGUCGCCUCUUCGCUCAUUUGGAUGCACAUACACCAGAACAUGUGCUGAUUGCAUCUUCCUCAUCCGGUCUUCCAUCGUCGGAAUUUGUGACAGACUGCGAGAGAAAAGCAUCCCGGAUAUUGAUUGGGCAUCCCUUCAAUCCACCACACUUAAUACCCUUGGUGGAGGUAGUUCCCCAUCCCAAAACAGGCGAUGCAUAUGUAACCGCUGCUUGCGAAUUCUAUCGCAGCCUGGGAAAAGAUCCGGUUGUUGUCAAAAAAGAAACACCUGGCUUUAUUGCAAACCGUCUUCAGGCCGCUGUUUGUGCCGAGGCUUACAGUCUUAUUUUCAGAGGCAUCAUUUCUGCUGAGGAUCUUGAUAAAACCAUGACAUCUGGUUUAGGUCUGAGAUGGGCGUUCUCGGGCCCGGUAAUGACCAACUCGCUUGGUGGCGGUGGUGACUUUGGUCAUUUCAUGGACCACCUGGGUCCGGCUUUGAAGUCUUGGUUAGACGAUAUGCAAAAGCAUCAAUUUGACAUGGGUUCAAUGACCGCGAAAGAGACUUUGAAGGGUAAGGUAGAUGAGUGGGUAUCUCAUGUCGAUAUAGAGAAGACGGAAAAGGAUCGAGAUACAUUCUUGACAGGGCUUAUUAGUGCCCGAUCGGAAAUUUAA